AUGGCUCAAAUAACUCCAGAUAUAACCCUUCCGCCUCCUGCGCCUGGCCAAGCUUUCAUGAACGUUUCUGCUCUCGAGGGUGGAAUUCUUCCCAUAUGCUUAGACUUUAUUGUAGCAGGAGCCUUGCCAUCAGAAGUCAUAAGCUGCCCUUCCCUCUGUUUCUUCCUUCGCCACUCCCAAACUGGGGCUAACUUGGUCUUUGACUUGGGAAUACGACGCGAUCUGGAUGCGUAUCCACCGAUUGUACCAAAACAAUACGAGAGGUUCUUUCCUGAAAGCAUUGAUCAAACAGUUUCAGAGUCUCUGGAUAAGGGAGGAUUCCCUCCUGAAGUGGUGGAAGCCGUUGUUAUUAGUCAUCUCCAUUGGGACCAUAUAGGUGAUCCUGCGCCUUUCUCGAGGGCUACGUUUGUAGUUGGAGGAGCUUGUCGCAGUCUCAUCGACUCUGGGCAUCCGUCUGAUCCGAAUUCCGAGAUCAUGACGAAUUCUAUCCCCUUGGAUCGCGCUCGCUUCUUGGCCUCAUCAGAUUUUAACACCUCCAUUGGACCCUUCCCUCGUGCACUUGAUUACUUUGGAGAUGGAAGUAUGUACAUCAUAGACGCUCCAGGCCAUCUGGCUGGGCACCUUAACAUUCUUGCACGUACCUCUGCCGAUGGAGCAUGGAUAUUCUUGGGUGGAGACUCUGCUCAUGAUUUUCGACUGAUUACGGGAGUGAAGGAAAUUGCAUAUAGUUCUGAUGAAACUGGCCAUGUUAUCUGUGCUCAUGCGAGCAAGGACGAUGCUGCUGAAACUAUUCGUCGCAUCGGGGCGCUUUUGAAAGGACCCAGGGUACAUGUUCUCUUAGCCCAUGAUAAUUUAUGGUACAACGAGAACAAAGGUGGCCCUGCGUUCUUCCCUGGAACCAUUCCGACUUUGUGA